AUGACAGCCCUUGUGACUGAUUUCGGUAUAUGCCGUUUGACUGCUCCAAAUUCCAUUGAUUCACUGAGUGCAACAACGUUUACACUCAAAGGAUCUAUUGGCUAUAUUGCUCCGGAGUACGGUUUGUGGGGGAAUGUUUCCACAAAGGGAGAUGUUUACAGUUAUGGAAUUCUGAUACUAGAGAUGGUUACAAGGAAGAGGCCAAGUGAUGACAUGUUUGUGGGAGACCUGAACUUGCAUAAGUGGGUAAGGUCAGCUUUUCCAGACAGACUGGCAGAUAUUGUUGAUAGCGGGCUAUUGAGAGAUGUGAAUGAAAACAUGGAAGACAAUAGAUGUCUUCUUUCUUUCGUUCAUGUUGGUUUGCUUUGUAGCAGUGAAUCAGCAAGAGAACGACCUUCAAUGAGAGAUGUAGCCAGGUUCUUGGCGAGUCUCAAGACAUCUUUCAUGGGAGGUGCAGUUGCUUCAAAUUUAAUAGCCACCAUAUCAGACCUCCUGCGCAAUACCAAUCGCGCAGAAACAUUGCCAUCUGACAGUCAAAGUUCUACAUAUUAG